CGAACAAGUGAACGAUUGUAGAACAUCCUUUUAAUUAACAUUGAAAUUGUGCUGACAUUAAUGACAACUUUAUGCAAGUUUCUAAAAAAAUCAUAUCGAAAUUCUCAAAUAAAACACUUUUAUACAUCCAUGGUUGAGUCAGGACUAGCUCGUAUCGAAAUAGAAGAAAACUGUAACCCAUUCCACUUGUUUGGAGAAUGGUUGGACGAAUCGAAAGCGUGCGGGAAAUUUAACACUGUGUUUUUUAAUUUGGCUACAACAAACAGAAAUGGUGAUGUAUCUAAUAGAGUGGUAGUUCUAAGAGAUUUUAAAGAAAAUUCUUUGGUGUUUGUAACGAACGGUAACAGCAAAAAAAUUCAACAAAUUAAAGCGAAUCCCAAGGUUUCAGCUUGCUUUUUCUGGAAUUACACAAAAGAUGAGAAGUACAUACAACGUCAGGUUCGUAUAGAAGGCAUAUCGGUUGAAAUGUCUUUUCAGGAAUGCCUAGAAUAUUACAAUAAGGAACCUCUAUAUUGCAAGAUUCGAUCACAUAUUUGUCAACAAGGUCAAAAGGUUGACUGGGAUACCUUAAAGAAGAAACACGACGAAAUUCUGGAGGAAAUCAAAACCACUAAUAAGCAGUUGCCAAUGCCAGAAUAUCUGGUUGCAUAUAAAAUAAUUCCAAAUAAAUUCGACUUUUACUUUGCGUGGGACAAUAAUAUCGCCGAUAGGUUAGAAUUUAUCCAAAAGUCCGGAAAUGGAUGGGAAUUUUAUCAUGUAGCUGCCUAAUCUGAAGAGAAAGGGCAAGUAGGUAAUUAACCAGACCAUCGGUAGACUUGUAACUCAUAGGGCCAUAACCAGGUAGAUCAUAUUGGCUUUAUAAUACAAUGUAGAGUAAUAUAUCUUCUCAAUUGUAAACAUUAUCAAAAAAUAAAACUGCAUAAGUGUAUACAUUUCAGUAAUACCGUAAUACAUAAUUCAUCAAGUCUUAGCACGUAUUCAAAGUAGGUAUGUACCUACCAGCUUAUUACUAAUACUAAACUAAUAAUUUUUUCUUUACGAAAAAGUUACCAAUAAAAUCUUCCAUAAGUCAUUCUCUGUUUGUACCUUGAAUAUGAAAUAAGUAAUCUUUAUGUUUCCAUCAAACAAUUUAAGUACUCAAAUGGAAAUAAAAUCUUCAC